AUGCCGUCGUCUAUCCAUUCAUACGGUGGUCGAAGCCAUCACUCGACCACAUCCAUAGCCACCACUCGAUCCCGAACUAUGGCCGGGAGUCGCAAAGUGAAGCUCAAGUGGUGGGAGAGACGGCCCGUCAUUCGCAAUGCCCUCUUCACAGACCUUCAAAAGGGUAGUUAUUUGGCCGCUAUCUAUACACUGAUAGAGAGCUUAUUCCAGAUAAGUUUGGCAAUAUUUGACACAUACUGUUUGGCAGAGGCCUCACCCGGUUCUACACAUUUCAGAAGUUUUGGCAUUAGUUUUCUAUUCGUUUACAGUGGAAACCCUCACAUCCGGCGGACACUGAUAGCGAUCGCUGUAAUACUUUUCUUUUCGGCCGUCUAUUUGUUGGUCUCGUCGCUAAUAUUGAUGACCGCUUUACGCAAAGAGCAUGAGAUAAAAUUCAAACAUUGGUUGCGAGCCAUGGCUUUCUUCGUGGUUUGGAGGACUCUAACCAUUAUAUUUCAGUCUCUCGUUAACGACCUGUACUUCGGUUACCAUCAGGCAAUGCUCAUCAUAUGGUUUUUGCUCACAGGUUUGCGAGACAAUAGCUAA